UGCCUCUCUCAGGCUUCUCUCUGCUUGUGUCGACUUGAGUCACUAAAUGGAAAGCACCCAAUAUGUAUCUUUUUUGAGUUCGAUUGGGCACGUUACCAAUUAGCCAAUUUUAAAUAAGACUCUUUGAUUGGUCAAUCGUUGCUGGUUGCCCUAGGUACCGGUCGGUAUGAAUGGCUGUGAUCAAUUGGGAAGUGGUCUAGUGGUCAAAUGGGACGUUCCCACCCUUUUCGUUGGAAGGCUUUCAUCUUCCAUGAACAAUAACCUAAUUUGUGCGAUAAACUGUUCAUAAAGGUGUUCAACGAAUUAAUUUCAUUAAUUAUAUAUUAUCUUCAUGAUAAAAUAUAAUUCUUGAGUAGUCUUAAAUUUAUAAUAUGUCGACCGGAUUCGUACAUUCUGUUAAGGUUCCACGUAUUUAUAAAUUCACGGCCGAUAUUGUACGCCGCGUGCAAGAGGAUGGUGCCAGUCUAAAAACUUUAAUUUACGAGAAGAAUCAUUCCAACAUAGCCGGCAUAUAUGGUCUCUCAAUGAAUACCUUGCGAAUGCUGCCUCACUUAGAUCAACUCUUCCACAAGACCCACAUUCUCACAGAGCAACCGCGUUUGGAUCCCUGGCUAGCUAGUGUUCUCAUAACAGAGCUUCUAUGGGGCAAAAAAUGCCUAAAGAGUCACUCCAAACCAGUUUUAACUGUGCUAGCUUAUGAGAAGAAGUUGCAAGAAGAGUUGAAAAACCUCAACUACAUAGAAACUUUCAUCUCUCAUAAAGAAAAAGUGCAAAAGCCUCGAUACGUCCGUGUCAACACUCUUUUAUUAUCAGUGGAGAAAGCCAUCUCCUUCUUCCAAAAAGAGGGAUGGCAGUUAUUAUGCAGGAGUACAACAUAUUCCUCAUAUCUGCAAACCUUAUCACAAUUAUCGGAAUCCUACUUUAUACAAGAUUUUCAUAUACCGGAAGUGCUUGCUUUUCCGCCCUUGACAUCCUUUCAUGAACAUUCCGGCUAUCAAAAUGGUGAACUCAUUCUUCAAGAUAAGGCUAGCUGCUUGCCAGCACACUUGUUGAAUCCUGUUAGUGGUUCCACAGUACUGGAUAUGUGUGCGGCACCUGGCAUGAAGGCUACUCAUAUAGCAGCAAAACUACAGAAUAAUGGGGAGGUUUAUGCUGUGGAAAUCGAUGUUAAGAGAUUUGAAACCUUAUUCAGGCAGAUAAGGACAACUCAUUCCUUCUGUGUGAAACCUCUUAAUCAAGAUGUUUUAACUCUCGAUCCGAAACAGUAUUCACAUGUGGAAUAUAUCCUGGUCGAUCCAAGUUGUUCUGGAUCAGGUAUUGUGGACAGACCAGAACAAAGCAAUAUAAACAACAAGUCUUUGUCAAAGCGCCUGCAAAAUCUACAAUCGUUUCAAGCUUACCUUCUUAGAUACGCGCUCCUUAAUUUUCCGAAUGCAAAAAGAAUAAUCUAUAGCACCUGUUCUCUUUAUCCUGAAGAGAAUGAAGAAGUGAUAGACGAAGUUCUCGCUGAUAUUGGCAAUGCUUAUUGCCUGGUACCAGCUCAACAGUUGCUGAAAAAUAAUUGGAUAAAUUUUAGUUCCAAAAGAUACAAUUGCGGGGAUAAAUGUUUGUAUUCGAAGCCAAAUCUUGAUUUUUGCAACGGUUUUUUUGUGGCAGUAUUUGAAAGAAACUUCGACGUGGCUUUGCCAGAAUGCAAACGCAAAGGAGGUAAUGUAAAUUCUACUAUAGCUAACUUAGAUAUAAAAAAAAUUGAUAUGGUGAAGAAAGUUGAAUGCACGCAAAAACAGCGUGAAAAAGGAAUAAAGAAGAGGAAAGGAGAAAUCUCAACGAAUGAUGGACAAGUGAAGAUAUCAAGGAAUGUUGUUGAAUUUGUCGUAUCACAAGUAGAAAACAAAAUAGAAAAUGAAAUAAAGACAAAAAGAAAUAAAAAAGACAUAGGAAAAAUUGAUAAUUGUUCUUUAUCAAAUUUUAAUCAGGAAGAAAUAAUAUUGAAUAGGCCAGAAAACAUUCAGAUAAAGAUAUCAGAAGAUAUGAAGCAAAAAAAAUCAGGCAAGAAGAGAAAAUCGAAGAAAGAGAAGAUCAUAUGUGAUAAAUAGAAGAGCAAAACUUACACGCGGAGAAGUACAGGUAAAAAAAAAAAAUAGAUUUUACAAGCAGAAAAUUUUAGGCUAAUGGACUUGUGUGCUUUAUUAUGAACGCGCGUCACAAUCGAUAAUUCUAGGGAAAGCCGCAAUCUCGUUUUUUCUGAGAGAGAAAAUCUGAACACACAUUUAUUAUGAAACUAUUUAUUAAGACUCGUUAUUCUUCGCUAUAAUCAUAAUAUGAUGUCAAGAGCGAAAAAUUAUUCCAAUUUUUUUUUCUUACAUUAUACAUUAAAAUAGAUUAAUUUUUUUGCAUGUUUCAUAACUCGUAUUUGAUAAAAUAGAUUUAUGAAUUUGCAAGAUUCUAUGUUAUAGAUUCGUGAAUUAAUAGAUAGUUUUACAACUUGAUAAGUUAUAAUAAGAUAUGUUUUUGUUAAAAAACUGGCAGAUAUGUAUAAAUUAGAUUAUAUAUUUAUUUAUUAAUUAAGUAAAUUAAAAAAAAAAGAAAAGAAAUACACACCAAUAAGACAAUUUUACGAAAAACACGUGAUAGAUAGACACCAAUUUCAGUGAGCUUCCGAUAAUUCCGCAGAUGCGAUGCGGAAAUAUUCGGUUUUCGUGAUAAAAACCAUUGAAUUCUAUAACAUAUACUGAAGUGAACUUUCAAGAGUAGAGAAAUGACCCAGCUUAGAUUCCGUCUCUGAGUUUAUACCAUUGAACACGAGUAAUAUAGCAUACAAAGAAAUUGAUUUAUUUCGACGUGCAUGUAUAGCAGUGCUAUAAUAGCACACGAAAAAAUUUAUACAAUUUUUCACUUUUAAUAUUUGUCAUAAUUCAAUACAAUUACUUAAAAGAAUCAAUAAUUUUAAAUAAACAAUUACCAAGCAAAUUUUUAUUAUUUUUAUUAUUUUUCAUAUCAAAUAUUAAAGUUGCUUCCUCUCAAAACGAUUUUUCUCGAAUUAGCAUACACGAUAUCUGAAAAACAAAUCAACCGAGACCAGCGGAUUGCGUAUUAUGUCCUGCUUUGCUAUAUUAGGAAAAAAAAGAACAUGUCUAAGUUGUGUUAGGCCAUGUAUAUGGUCCUGGCAUAUAUAUUCCAUACUUAUUACGUUAUACUUGCUUGUAAUAUAAGUACUCGCUUUAUCGGCAAUCGGCGACACGGCGACACGGAAGCUUGUUGACCUCCUUAAAGUCAACUGAUAAGCAUAUUGAUUACAUCAAGGUGUAUAUAUAAUUGCGGGGUGGAAUGGUUUUUCUGGUAAAAUAUAUAGACAUAUAGAAUGAGAUAUAAUUAUGCGAUAAUUAUAUGAUUCAAAUUUCCAAUUUAUAUGUAAUUUAUUGGUCUGUUAUAAAGUAUAUUAUUUAAAUUGGUAAAAUCACGUUUAUAUAUAAGUCGUAACAUACACAUAAAAUGUCGAAAAAUAUUGUUUAUUAGAGAAUGGUAUGACUUAAAAUAUAUACUACUGUAUAGCAUAGUUAUAAUCUAAUGUGUAUACACACAAGAGGCUUCUCUUUGGGUGGGG